AUGGCUUCCAAACCUAGCAGAGAACUAACGACCCCACCACCGCCUUCACUUGUAUAUGAGGUGCAACUAUCAGAUAUCGGUCCUGAUCCUCGAUAUCGUCUUCUCCACGACAACGAAUUUGAGCCUGAUCUUCCGGGCCAGAGGCACCAAUAUUUGCAAGCCAGCACACACAGUUUACAGUGCAGCUCCCCGAGCCCGAGCGACUAUCAACCAUUACUCGAGAAUGGCACAGGCAUAUCGACUACUCGAAAUAGCAGGAAGGCUAGCGGUGCCGGCGAGGUACGAAUACGAAGCAGAUUUGUCUAUUGGCCACGCUGCAUCAAGAUUUCUUUCGCUUCGCUACAAAGAUAUCAAACUUGGAUAUCCAACCGAAGGAAGAACAGCCGCUAUCAGGGAUGGCGCAUGGGUGUUCUUAUCGGAUGUUGUAUAUCUUUCUUUGUUCUCUGUUGCAACAUCGGCCUUCUGAAUGUUGGUGCUAUCAGAUACGACGGUUACAGCGAGGGCGGUGUCGCCGAUCUCGUGCGCGGGGAUGCAGCAACGGUGCUGAGGUGGAACAUAGCGAUCCAUGUCUUCAUCAACAUCCUUAGCUCCAUCUUGCUGGCUGCCAGCAAUUACACGAUGCAAGUGCUUGGUUCGCCGACCAGAAAGGAGAUUGACAACGCUCAUCAACGAGGAGACUGGCUCGCAGUGGGAGUUCUUAGCAUGCGUAAUUGGAAACGCAUAGCGAGAAAGCGCGCAUUUCUCAUCCUCAUACUUGGACUUUCUUCGGUACCACUACACUUGUUUUACAACGCAGCCUCCUUCAAGAUCGUCGUACGAAAUCGCUAUCCUCAGCGCGCUAUUAGCUUGAACUCGACCGAAUACACCAGACUUGCCACGAAUACAUCCUACGUUAACCUGACGAACGCCCAGUGGAAGUCUGAAUUUUCCGGUCUCUACACAUCCGCUUAUGCGGGCCUCAUUCUCAUAUUUGAUAGCGUCAACGAGACAAGAUCGACACCACCAACAAUGGACACUCACUGGUUCGAUACUGUCUACGGUCAGAAUUACAUCUUGGCCUCGCAAAUCAAUGCUUCAGACUGGCUCACCUACCAGAAUUGGUCAUCAAACUAUGCAUACGACGAGCAGCUCGGCCGUGGCAAUCCACCUGCCUCGGUACACAUGACACAUGCGUUCGGAGUCCGUUCUCCCGCGGAAAGCGGCGUCCAGCUGAGCUUGCACUACAUGCUUGUGGUCAUCAGUGUCAAUCUUUUCAAGCUACUCGUCAUGUUGAGUGUGUUGAUCACAGAUCGUUCGAAUUACAUGGUUACGCUGGGCGAUGCCGCAGCCUCGUUCCUGUCCCACCCGGAUCCUGCCACCGCGGGAAAGUGCUUGGUUGAGGAUGAGGAGAUAUGGAAUCAGAUGGCUUCCGCUGCUGUGUUCACGAAUGAUCGAGCUGGCCGAGAGACGGGCAUGAAACAUCGACAGUUACACAACACUGUAGAUCCUGGCGGAUGGUGUACGCGGAAACUAGCUUAUUAUACCCUGAUAAGGGAUGAACAAGCCCUGUUUAUUAUUGUAACGCUGUUCAUCUUUGCCUUGGUUGUCCUGCUCUACAUUUCAUUUACGGGCGGAAGAGCUUGGUCAUGGGGCACUUCUUCGGAGGGGGUCUUGUCUUUUGGUAGCAUGAAGAGUUCUGCCACAGCGACGAUAUUCAACGCAUGGCUUUCCAACAUGCCUCAGCUGCUACUCUCCUUCUGCUAUAUGAGCAUCAAUAGCUUCUGCACUGCCUUGGCCGGCGCUCAAGAGUGGAACGGGCUUGGCUCCAUGGACGCGAGGAAAAGCCUGCGGGUGUCUGAGCCUAGAGGUCAGCAGCGCGGCACUUAUUUCCUUCAGCUUCCCUACAGAUGGGGAGUACCUCUUAUUGUCGCUAGUACGACGCUUCAUUGGCUUCUGUCACAAACGUUCUUCAUGAUACGCGUCGACGUGUACAAGGACUCGGGGCUUGUAGACGUUGCCUCGUCUCGAUCAGCUUGUGGUGGAUCAGCGUCGAGUUUCAUUGUUUUCUUCGCUCUUUUCCUUGGGUUGUGCUCCACCGUUCGAUGUUUGGCAAGUCGCAAGUUCGUGACAAGCUUGCCACAGGCUGCUUCGAACAGCCUUAUUGUCAGCGCUGCUUGCCACCCGCCUAGGGACGAGGUGGAUCCGCAUCUGAAGGCCGUGCAAUGGGGUGUAGUACAAGAGGACGUAGUCGAGGGGUUCGGGCAUUGUUCGCUCUCAUCGCGACCGGUCACUUCCCCGAAAGAGGGCAAGCCAUAUUGCUAG